GGCCGUUGAGGCCCGGCCGGGGCUGAGCGGGGCCGAGCGGGGCCGAGCGGGGCGCAGCCCCCGGCCCGCCGCAGCCCCCCGCCCGCGCCCACCAUGCGGCGGCUGCGGCGCCUGGCGCACCUGGUGCUCUUCUGCCCCUUCUCCAAGGGCCUGCAGGGCCGGCUCCCGGGCCUCAGGGUCAAGUACGUCUUGCUGGUGUGGCUGGCCGUGCUGGCGGGCAGCUGGGUGCUGUACGGCCACUACUCCUCCUACGUGGACCUCUGCCGCGGCCACGUCUGCCAGGCUGUCAUCUGUGACCAGUACCGCAAGGGCGUCAUCUCGGGCUCCAUCUGCUGGGACCUGUGUGACCUGCACCAGGUGGAGUGGAGGGCCUGCCUGUCCUCCACCCCGGGGCAGCAGGUGUACAGCGGGCGGUGGCACGACAAGGACGUGCUGAUCAAGUGUGGCCUGGAGGAGGCUCUGAGCGCCCAGGCCCAGCCAGACGCGGCCCCCCGGCGGGAGCUGAUGCUGUUUGACAAGCCCACCCGGGGCACUUCCAUUAGGGAGUUCCGGGAGAUGACACUCGGCUUCCUCAAGGCGAACCUGGGGGACCUGCCCUCGCUGCCGGCGCUGGUUGGCCGGGUCCUCCUGCUGGCUGACUUCAACGGUGACAGCAGGGUGUCCCUGGCCGAGGCGAAGUCUGCCUGGGCCCUGGUGCAGCGCAACGAGGUCCUGCUGCUGCUGUCGCUGCCGGCCAAGGAGCACACGCCACGGCUGCUGGGCUUCUGCGGGGACCUGUACCUCACCGAGGGUGCCCCGCACAGCUCCUCAUGUGGCGCAGCGCUGCUGCAGCCCCUGCUGCCCUCCGCCCUGCAGGGUGCCCUGCAGCAGUGGCUGGGGCCUGCGUGGCCCUGGCGUGCCAAGAUCGCGCUGGGCCUGCUGGAGUUCGUGGAGGAGCUCUUCCACAGCACCCAUGGCACCUUCUACAUGUGCGAGACCACGCUCGCCAACGUGGGCUACACGGGCAGCUACGACUUCAAGAUGGCCGACCUGCGGCAGGUGGCCCCCGAGGCGGCCGUGCGCCGCUUCCUGCAGGGCCGCCGCUGUGAGCACAGCCGGGACUGCACCUAUGGGCGCGACUGCCGGGCCCCGUGCGACCAGCUCCUGCGCCAGUGCAAGGGCGACCUCCUGCAGCCCAACCUGGCCAAGGUGUGCGAGCUGCUGCGCGACUACCUGCUGCCCGGCGCGCCCGCUGAGCUGCGCGAGGAGCUGGGCCAGCAGCUGCGCACCUGCACCACGCUGAGCGGCCUGGCCAGCCAGGUGGAGGCACACCACGCGCUCGUGCUCGGCCACCUCAAGGCCCUGCUCUGGGGGAAGAUCUCGGACACCAAGUACUCCUGACGCCCGCCCACCUGCCCACUCCUCCCGCGUGGGGCCCCAGGAGCUGCAGGGGGUGCGGCAGCCCCCUGGGGCCAGCAGGGUCCCCCGCCGCUUCCUGGGAGGGGAGCCAUCUUCCCCGCCGUCCCUCUCCUAGACCACUUCCUGCCCUGGAAAACACUCCUGGGGACCCACGCGGCCACCCCUGCCUGGGAGCUCCCGACCCAGGUGGCCAGCUCAGCUGCACGCGGAGGCUGGGGAGGGCAGGCGGCAGGGCCAGGUCUACUCAAGGGCUGCCAGGGCGCCGGCCGCAGCGUUGGUUUUAUUCUGAACAUAGGAUGUAAAUAAAUAGCUUUUCUGUGA